UUUUUUUAAUAUAGACGCGCUAUGGAACACACUCCAGCGCCUUACGGCCCCAGGGCCGUCUACGGAUACGCCAUGUAUAUCGGGUCGAAUAUGCUCUUCCUGUUGUACGUGAUAUGGGCGAUAAUACCGGACGAGGUGCUGCACGAUUAUCUAGGCCUGACUUACUGGCCCUCCAAGUAUUGGGCGGUCGCGAUUCCCAUAUGGGCGCUGACCGCUCUGGCUACAUUCGCGUUCCUCAUUUAUCCGGCCAUCAAUAUGCUGAUAACGCCGGACAUCGAUGAUAUUCGCACCAUCACGGAUAAGUACGCUCUGCAGAGGACCGAAACCGCCCCGGGUGGAAUACCGGCCGUAUCCGACAUACCGAUCACAGAAGUUUGCAGGAGACUGUAUCUGAGAGGAGAUAACUCGUGAUUGUUUAUUCUAGUAAUUAUAAUUUUUUUUAAACAUAUUUUCUUCACAUUGAGGCGGGUGUAGCUGCAAAGAACCAUGAAUCUCUCAGCGUGAUGUAAGAGUAUCCAUACUUCCUUUGGAAAUUUUUUCUGUGUCAAUAAAUAUUACAUAGGUUUACGUCAUAAUUAAAAUCCGAGGGGUAAACCGCUGAGGGCAUUGCUACAGGCAUUACUGGACAUUUCUUGAGCAUUACUGAGGUCUAUUUUUUAUAGCCAAACUACUGCACUAGUUUAUCUUUCUCUUUCUACAUUGGAAGAAGAAAGAUAAACUCUGAACUAGUGUAGCCAACUAUAAAAAACAGACCUACUAUUACGUUUUAUUUGUAAACAAUCGACAAUUGUUUUAUGUCAAACAUAUAUUUACAACAUGUAAUAAAGUGUGAAUGUUAAGUAAA